GGAUUCUUCAGAUGAAAGUUUUUACAAUUUGAUAUGAAAGCGUGUGAAGGACAAUUAUAUUCCUGUUUUGAAACCUUUUUGCAAACAAAUCUUUGCGGGUUUAUUUUGUGCGAGGCUUGAAUGGUCAGGGAGAUCAAUACGGAGCACAUCGCCCUCGGAAAUGUCGUCCCUGACCACGGAAAUUGGAUCAAGGGCCCGAAGUUUUAUUCUUCGCCAACGAUUGCAGACUUGUGCAGGAGGACAAUGCAGGGCGGACAGUUCCGCACACCAAAGCCAUCUUCUCGGAAGGGUUGAGCAGACGUGUCCACGGGAGGGGUCCUCAGCAGGCUUCUGGAACUGUCUUCCUCCUUCAGCCGACAACAACCACUACCCACCCACCCCAACUCCAAAACAAAAAGUUAGAUGAAGAGUCUACACGAAGAGAACAGCACUGAAGCUAUUAUAGAAGGGUUUCUAUUUUAGAUGGUUUAUGGAGUACUCUCGGCGUGAAAAUGUUGAAACUUGUUUCAUCUCGAGAUUGCCAUGGAUACCCAGAUGCUUGCCUGGGCGAAAUGUCGACGCUGCUGUACUUGUUGUGGCUAUCAAUAAAACACACGCUCCUAACAUUUGAUAGAAAAAGAGGACCGGUAUCUGUUCAUUUUCAGAAUUCAAGUACCUUUUGACUCUCCCUCCACCGAUACUUUCAACAGUUCUCUCUCCGGCCACCUCUUCUCGCUCUAUUCUGUUUCCAGCAUGUGAUGAAGAAAGGGAGAUUAUUUAUAUAAGUUUCCAGCGAUCCCACCCCUCCCCGCCAUAAAUCCGCAAUAAUCUGAACUGUUUGAACCAUUCUUGUUCAUUCACACAUCCUGGACCGCUCCCACCAGUCCCCUCCCUUCCCCGUGUGUUGCGCAAGCGGCAAGGCGUGCCGCACCGCUCACCGCGCCGCUUGCCGCGUUGCUCAACGCCUGACGUGGCGGAAACGUCGCCCGGGCGGCUGGUGGGUCUGGUCCGUGACGUCAUAUCACCGUGCACGCUCAGCCUGCACGCGCAAUCACCCUCGCCAACGCGCGUGCGUUCUGCUCGCCCUCCCCACCUGUAGUCCACGUGUGGACCUCCUCACGCGCUGCGCAGCGGCAAAUGAAGUGCGGAGGGGUCUACUUUCUUUUACUCAUGUCAGAAGUGAGUAUCCCACCAAAGGUGGAAGAUUGGAAACAAAUCAAGAUGAAGGUGUAGGUGUUGUGUGUGAGGAGAGGAACUGGGGUGUGCGGCCACCCGGUACCACCCUGAAAAACUGCCAACAGGACAAGUUUGUGAGUGAAUAUUUAUUUCUCUUUGGUAAAUAAUUAUAUAAUUUGACAUGAUGACUUUCUUUUGUGUUUGGAGACCGGGACUCUAACAUGUUUUCUGAAGAUUGGUGGAAGGUUCUACACAAAUCAGUUUCAUUUACCAACGAUGAUUUGUUCAAGUCACGGGGUGAACUGAGGGACGAUACCCUGCACAAGCCAAGGUUUUCCGUGGUUUAAAUUGGUCCAUCCGGUCAAAGGUAAAUGUUGUAUCUCCUACAUAUCAUGGGCACACUACUCUACAGGCAUUAUUUUUGCCGUUUGAAUGUUUGUUCAUCAACACCAUGACAGUCAACAAUCCAAAAACAUUGACCAUUCGUACCCGAGACACGCGGAGACAUCACAAGGCCAAGAACUUCAGCUGAAGGAACACUGGAAAACCAAGGAACACAUUGAUGACAGUUCCCAGUGUCACUGUUACUUUGGCCACGUGACCUCGUGACACCCUGUGACGACCCUCGACUGAAGUCAGUAUUGUGUUUGUAAACUGAAAUUAAAACUUUAUACCAAGCGAAAAGAACGAACAGUCUGGAAAAGACCACAGAGACAAGGGACAUAAACAUCUUCGUUAUAUGAUAAAGCGGCGCCAUGGUGUGCCUCAAUCUCACAGAGAACGACAACCACACCCUGGGUGGAGAGCGCGCACAGGAGCUCUUCGAAGAGGUCAGUCACGUGAUCUACGGCUUCAUGCUUCCGGCGAUCUGCGUCUUCGGGAUGGUGGGCAACGUCCUGAACCUGACCAUCCUGACCCGCCGCAAGCUGCAAAAGUCGUUCCGCACCCUGGAGCAGGCGGCCAACCUUUGUCUCAUCUCGCUGGCCGUCAGCGACCUCAUGUUCUGCAUCUUCGCUUUCCCGACCAUGUUCCUGCCCAAGAACGACUUGUACGACAGCAAAGGUCUACUACUGACCUACCGCGUCUACAACACCGCCGUCAUUAACGUCUUCAUCAUGAUCAGCACGUGGCUGACAGUGGCUAUGUCGCUGGAGCGCUACCUGGCCAUCUGCCACCCGCUGCGGCAGGACCUUUACCUGACCACCCGGCGUAUUAAGAUCGUCAUAGUGCUCACAUACAUUCUCUCCUUCGUCUUCAACAUCCCGGUGCUGUGGCGCUAUGAGGUGCAGGAGGUGUGCCCGCAGGUGCUGGCGGCCAAAGCCAGGGUGCAGAUGAACACCGCCCUACAAGCCUCCAGCAGCUAUGGCGUCAACGAAGAACGUGUGGGUAUAGGUGUCCUGGGCGUCGACAACAAAACCCGGGUGGGCAUUGCAUCGCCGAUGGAGAGACACACGAUGACAAACCUGUCGAAUGGCGUGCCCUUGCUGCUAAGCACCCCCACCAUGGCCACGCUGGCGGAACUGGCCUACAUCCACUUCAGGCCCAUCCAAGUGUUUCUCUGGGACUCGUCACAGCUGGACACAGUGUACCGCAGCCUGUGGGCCUUGGUGGGCAACCUCAUCCCCCUCGUUCUGCUCAUCUACUUCAAUGUCUGCCUGUGCCGCAAGAUCUACCGCUCCUACAAGAUGCGGCAAAAGUUCAAGCAGGAGCACCACAACCGGCAGGAUAACUCCAGUCACGUGAUCACGGUGACGCUUGUGGCUAUUGUUCUCAUGUUUCUUAUUCUCGUCGCCCCUUCCGAGAUUGUGAUACACGCCGCACGCAUCACCAACACCAACAACAGCUACACCUACAUGACGGUCGAGGCCGUGAUGAACUUUAUGCAGGGCAUUAACUUCUCCGUCAACUUCAUCCUCUACUGUAUUAUUUCCCCUUACUUCAGGAAGACUCUCAAGUACAUCUUCUGCUGCGGAUGUUACAACAUCUACCAGAUUCAGGAACACUGGAACAUCGGAAGUGCCAUUUCACGACAUUCUGCACAGCACGACUGAAUGACGGCAACAAAAAUACCAACAACAACAACAACAAAGACUGACGACUGAAAUGAGCCAAUCGCCACAGACUAUAUCUACCCGAACUGCACGUGGAGUUACAAAACGGAAGUGGAGAGUUCGUGACGUAUGAACUCGUGUGAACUCGCAGCGCACGUGAACAGUGCAAAAAUGGCGUGUGAUUGAGUGAUCAUCCCGCUUGAUUACACCACUGAUCUGCUACGUGAGUGUUUUGGGUGACAGAUUGUCCUGAAGGUCUGUGUUAUUUGAUACAUUUGCUUAAAAAAAGGGGGAAGCAAUUUCGUCACGGAUCUUGUGGAUGUGUGAGUUUUUUCCCCUCAUGUGGUCCACAUGCCUUGUGUGUUUGUUGUUGUUUUUAAUUUUAAGACAAAACAACCACUCGAACUAUCAUGCCAAUGCUCAUUUUGAAAGACCGGGAGGUGUCAGGAAAGAAGUGUGGCCACAAAGACAGGAUGGACUCACUUUGUUGGGUUCGAGUUACCUGUCUUCAGAAAUGUUGGUGAAUAUACUAGUUUGUGAUUGUACUGGUGUGAAUGUGCGUGAGUGAAGUCAGUUCACAAAGAUUCUCUCAUCACACGGGUAAGGACAGAAGGGGAGACCAUAAGCGCACUUGAAUUACAAGUUUUAUCCGAAAAUCGAGACAAAAAAGACAGGCAGCCUGAGCAAGGUAGGCCAAACCUUCCAUCGUUCCUCCUUGCUGCCAUGAAUGAAAAACUAGCCGCUAGCAAGCCGCUUGAUUCCGUUAAGCCCUCGAUAACAGUCUUCUUUCAUCUGCUCAUUUGAAGCUUUAAUGUCCUUCUAUUUAUCUUACCGGAAUGAAGUGUUAUUUUUCAGAGGUACUUUCUUGUGAAAAAACUAGUUCAAAUUCGAUAUUUUUAAAAAGUUUGUAGAGUUUGGUUACAAGAUUUCUAGCUUGGCAGUAGGCGUUGAAAGGUAAACAAAUUUUUUUCAUCAAAGACACAAUAAGUUUUCCUCCGUUUCAAUAAAAAGCACUUGUAUUGAAUUCUUUAAAACUUUUUUUUUCUUUACGAAAACCAACUUUAAGAGUCAUGAAUUUUUCAACAAAACUUUUUUCCGACACGAACUGUAAAUCAUGCUGUAAAAAUAAUUUCUAGCAGAGAAUGGAUAAGUUAAAUGUAAUUCCUACUAUAAAGACCUCAAGAAAGGAAUAUGCAUAUGAAAUAAAUAAUAAUCUUUUACGGGUAUUCAUUCAAUAUUCACCUUAAUGUACCGUUGUCCUUUCAUAAGGGCGCCCAGACAAGUAGACAUCAUGCAUUCAGACAAUUGACAAUUAUUUAAGAUAAAUGUGCUCAAUGAUUGUGUUUGGUGGCCUAAACUGAACCACUUACAUCUUAGAGUAUGACAGCUAUUUCAUUAUGUGUUACAUUGUUGGACCUAACGAUGUUGUUUGAGAGAUGUGAGGGUGACAGUUGGCUUGCAUGAAAAAUACAGCAAGGUCUGGCAUACCAAAGGUUCAGAUCCUUCCCUGCCAACAGAAAAAAAAAUGUUUACCGUCUCUGGAACCAUGAACUUAGUCUUACAGCUUCAGUAGGAUGACCAGAUGCUGACACAGAUUCAAAGAAACCAAAAUGAGGCCCAGUGUCGGGCACUUGACACAACACGUUUUAUAAUGCAUGUUUUGUUGUCUUGUUUGUUUAGUCAGUAAAGACGGCAACACUCUAUUCUCUUUGUGUGAAUGUGUUCGUGCUUAAAUGCGCUGUUGAUCAGUUUAUGCGGCGGCAAUGAUGAUGAUGAUGAUUGUUGAUGAUGUGUAUUAGGUGCACGAUGAUGAUGAUGAUGAUGAUGAUGAAUCUCCACCUUUAAGGGCAGGCUGAAGGCGCUUUACAAUAGUGAUCUAGCUCGUGGUGUGCAGUACUUGCACAAAUAGAAGAUGGAAUGAAUAAGUUGGAUAAAUAAAUAAAAAGUAAAUUAUA